UAUCUUCUGGUUUCUUAUUUUCUUCUUUCGUAUUUUUCAUUAGGCUGCGUUUGGAAGGAGUAUAAAUUCCGGUUAAGUGCAUUAUUGUACUCCGGUUCAGAAUUGAAUGUGUUUGAAAACAGUGUAAAAAAACCUCUAUUAUCGUCUUAUCGAUGAAAAUUUGCAAACACCCGAUGAUUUACAUCGAUUUAGCGGUGGAAAACUACAUGCUUUUUUCGAACUAAAAAAUCACGCCCUAUUUCAUCGAGGGAAAUAGAAGAGGAGUUUACGCUCUUCCACCGGCACGGCACUCUGAGAUCUGAGCAACGACUAUUAUUCUCAGAUUUGAGAUCUGAGGAGUUCGAAACAUCCACCAACAGCCUUGAGAAGUCCGAGCGUCAGCGUUUAGCGUUGAGAUCUGAACAACGAACCUCUUCUCUGUUGAAGUCUGCGUUUAAGCUGGUUGGGGUUUCUCGACUUUGAGUCGGAACUGCGUCCAGCCCAAAGCUCAAAAGCAAGAGUUAUCCAAAUGGAGUUAAUCUCUUCUCAACUCUGAAAGCUAGAAGUGGUCUGGAACUUCUGCUGCCCGCGGAAUAUAAAUCCUAACCAAAGGAGAUAACUGCCACCUGCUGGUGACUGGUUACAGCCGAAGAACAAACGGCAAUCCCCUCAUCUAUGUCUUCUCUAAAAGAAAUAUUGACCCGCCGUCCAGUGGCAGCGACUAUUCGGCUCACUGUUCCAGCUGGUGCAGCCCGACCAGCACCUCCUGUUGGCCCAGCUCUGGGUCAGUACCGGCUCAACUUAAUGGCUUUCUGCAAGGACUUCAAUGCUCGAACCCAGAAGUACAAGCCUGAUAUUCCUAUGGCCGUCACUAUCACAGCUUUCAAAGACAACACUUUUGAGUUUACUGUUAAGUCUCCUUCAGUGACCUGGUACCUUAAAAAGGCAGCAGGAAUUGAGUCUGGUAGUAGCCGUCCUGGCCAUGUCAUUGCUUCAACAAUAACUCUGAAACACAUUUAUGAGAUUGCUAAGGUGAAACAGUCAGACCCUUAUUGUCAGUAUAUGUCAUUGGAAGCAAUUUGCAAAUCAAUUAUUGGAACUGCUAACACAAUGGGGAUCAAGGUUCAGAAGGAGCUAGAUUGAUUUUAUGAUUCUUGGGAUUUAUUCAGUGUUAAGAUGACUGAAAUUUCUUCUAAUUUAGUUUCAUUUUUGGAGUAACUGAGAAGUUUAUAUUUUUUCAUGUCAUCCUUUGUUGAUAUGUUUUACUCUUUCUUCAUGUUGAUCCUUAAUGGUUAAAAUUUAGAUAGGAGUAUUUGUUUAUA